AUGGCGAAAGCACUUAUUCUCGGUAGCACGGGUCUCGUGGGCUCUUUCAUUCUAUCGACUCUGAGAACCAACCCAGCGUCUCAAUUCUCCAGCAUCGAGGUCAUCGCUCGACGAUCUCCGCCUGCUGCGACCGGUGAAUCCAUCCCGGUCAACGAGUUCAUCGAGAAGGACACCUCAAAGUGGGCCGCGCAUGUAUCGUCGCUGUCUCCGCCGGCCUCCGUGCUCUUCUGUGGCCUCGCCACGACGCGCGCCGCCGCUGGAGGGUUCGACAAACAGUACAAGCUCGAGCACGACUUGAACAUUGAGCUGGCCAAAGCGGCCAAGGAGGCAGGCACCAAGACCUACGUCCUGAUCUCCUCCGGUGGCGCCGACCCGCACUCGUUUUUCGGGUAUCCCAAGAUGAAGGGCGAGAUCGAAGAGCACGUCAAGGCUCUCGACUUUGACCACACCAUCAUCCUCCGCCCGGGCCUGAUCAUGGGGAAGCGCCAGGAGCACCGUUUCGCGGAAGGGCUCUUCCAAAGCCUCGCUUCGGGACUGGGCAGACUCAAUCGAUCCUUGAAGGACUCCUGGGCUCAAGACGCAGAAGUCAUUGCCAAAGCGGCCAUCGCUGCAGCGAUCAAGGCUGAUAAGGGAGAAGUCAAGGAUAAAGUGUGGGUGAUUGACCAAAAGGAAAUCCUCCGUCUUGGGGACAAGGAAUGGAAGUCAGUUUGA